AUGGAGUUUAUAGAACUUAUACUUAUAAAUAAAUUGGACGGCGUAAUACUAAAAUAUCCACACCAAGAAAAUAUUGAUGGCACUGUAUGUAUCACAGGACAUCAUCUGAUUUUAAGUUCACGAAAAGAAGGCGUUCAAGAACUGUGGCUUUUACAUAGAAACAUAGACAGUAUAGAAAAAAAGGAGAACAAACCAAUCAGUGGUGUUCCCCAAGGAGGCUCUCUCUUCCUCAAAUGCAAGGACCUGAGGAUAUUUCGGCUAGACAUUGCAACCACUACUGAGCUCAAUUUGGUAGCUCAAACACUUGAGAACUUGUCUAGCUUACAGGAUCCGAGUCUAUUCUACCCAUUCUUCUACAGGCAUAUGAAUCCUAUUGUGGAGAAUGGAUACACUUUGUACAGUAUAGAAGGCGAAUUUACAAAAGUAUUGGCAACUGAGGAGUGGCGAGUGUCCCGUGUAAACCAGAACUACAAUGUCUGCUCUAGUUAUGGAAAAGCAGUUGUUGUACCCAAGUGCAUUGAUGAUGAGACUCUUGCGGCUGCUGCCACAUUCAGACAGGGUGGCAGAUUUCCUGUCCUGUCUUACAGACAUAAUAAUAGCGCAGUGCUCAUGCGUGCUGGACAACCACUAUACGGCCCAAAGCAUCGUCGGUGUAGGCCCGAUGAAGCAAUAUUGAACGCUGUGGUUGCGCUCGGCACCAAAGGCAUUAUUUACGAUCUUAGAAGUUCAAAUUCAAUAUCACAGCAGCAGAGUAAAGGAGGUGGAACAGAAAGCAACUCCAAUUAUUCACAAUGGAAAAUAUACAACAGAUCUAUGGACGAAGUGGAUAACCAGCAACAAUUGUUAGAUAGCUAUUAUAAAUUAAUGGAAGUGUGCAACGAUCGCGAGAUAUCGAGCGACAAAUGGGUGUCCAGACUAGAGUCGUGCGGUUGGCCUGAGAGUGUUAGGAACUCUUUACAUACAGCGUGCAUCGUUGCUCAGCACAUACACCAGAAGGCGGAACCAGUUCUAGUCCACGGCACCCGCGGCGAAGACGCCACCUUACUUGUAUGCUCUCUAGUUCAAAUCAUACUCAACCCGGAUUGCAGAACUAUCAGAGGCCUUCAAGCUUUAAUCGAACGAGAAUGGAUCCAAGCUGGUCACCCAUGGAGCACUCGUCAACGCUGCGGUCCAUAUACCUCUGUGCCACGAGCUGCUCCCACAUUUCUUCUGUUCCUGGACUGUGUGAGACAGUUUUUGGAGCAGUUUCCUUGUAGCUUCGAGUAUCGACAGUCCUUCCUCAUCACGCUGUUUGAACAUUCAUAUGCAAGUCAGUUUGGUACGUUUUUAUGCGACAACGAACAAGAGCGCGAGACUCGUGGGGUCCACUCACAGACAACCAGCGUGUGGUCGUGGCUCAACCAACCGGACGAGUUGCCCAAGUACAUCAAUCCACUGUACGACCCCACACCAAAUGUUAUAUGGCCCUCUGUCGCCCCCAUGAGCUUUGUCAUUUGGGAAGAACUGUUCCUCCGAUGGCUGGUUGAGCAACACACGGAGGCUCGCGAGGAGCAGUACCGACUGAUUAGGUCGCGCGAACAACAGCUACGUGGCCAAGCGCAGCAGUUGCGUCGAGAACUCUAUGACCUCGCGCAUCAGUACUACAAGAAAACAGACGACGAUAAGUAA